AUAGUGGUGCCACCCAAACGCCUCGUAAUUCUACAAGUAUGUUAUACAUGGCACGAGCCAAAUGAGCUCCGUCCGAAACUGGGGAUAAAAGCACGUGCGGCUUGGCUAGAGAGAACAAGGUAAUCCGAGCUUGAGUUGCAGAGGCGACCUUUAAGAAAGGUUUAGAGGGAAAAAGAAGAGAGAGAGAGAGGAAAUGAAGCUGCGUGUGUAUACUGAUAGAAUGUCCCAGCCAUCGCGUGCAGUAAUAAUCUUUUGCAAGACGAAUGGAAUUGACUUUGAGGAGGUCAGGAUCGAUAUUUCAAAGCGACAACAUCUUCAACCUGAAUUUAAAGCCAUCAAUCCUAUGGGGCAAGUCCCAGCAUUAGUGGAUGGAAAACUUAAGCUGUUUGAGAGUCAUGCAAUAUUGCGCUACCUUUCUUAUGCAUUUCCUGGAAUUCCAGAUCAUUGGUAUCCUGGUGAUCUUUCCAGAAGGGCUAAGAUUGAAUCAGUCUUGGAUUGGCAUCACUCAAAUUUACGUCGUGGUGCAGCUGGUUAUGUAUUAAAUAAGGCCUUAGCUCCUGCACUUGGUCUGCAAUUAAAUCCACAGGCAGCGGCAGAAGCUGAACAAAUAUUGUGUUCAUCCCUAUCAAAAAUCGAAUCCAUUUGGCUGAAUGGGAAUGGGAAGUUUUUGUUGAACAGUAAUCAACCAUCCAUCGCAGAUCUAAGUCUUGUUUGUGAAAUUAUGCAGUUGGAGGUUUUGGAUGUGAAUGAUCGUGAUCGACUGUUGGGACCCCAUAAGAAAAUCAAUGAGUGGAUUGAUAAUGUGAAAAUGGCAACAAGACCUCAUUUUGAGGAAGUCCAUGCUAUCAUUUUCAAGGCUGCCCAGAAGCUUCACACCAGGCAAGCAAAGCUGUAAAAGCCUUGGGAAACAUACCGCACACAGUUCCCUGGUAUUUCAAAACUCCACACUUAUCAGAAUAAGCUUGUUGUGUGCUUUUUCUUUUAAUAUAUGUAAUUUUUUAGCUUAUCUCCAAUUAUUAUGUUAUUAACUUUAUAUGUAUGUGUGACUACUUUAGCCCUUCAACUUCUGAAAUUCCUGCUGGAGAAACUGAUUAAGAAAAUGGCAAAUACCGCGCCAUUAAAAGUGCUGGAUGCACAUCCUAAUAUGAUAGAGUUGGCUCAAGUCCUUGAGCUGAUUAAACUGCUUAAAAUUAUAAAUGCUAGGACUACUUUUUUCCUUUUUAUUAUUACAGGACAUUGUAAGAUAGAUGAGUAAAAUUGUGACAUCAUGUUCUUGUAAUAAUCAGAACUUCACAAUUUAGCUUGGAUUCUGAUAAA